AUGUCAGAGUUCUCUCAGAGAAAGGAGGUUGAUGCUUUCUUCAACUUCUUCGCCACAUUCGACUUAGCACGGCCAGUAACGACUGUUGCAGAUCUCGCAGACGGCGCUGCGCUCUUCGAAGUUCUCUCCCUUGUUGACGAUGAAUACUUUCGUCAGCCUUCUCGCCCUUCUGCUCAGCCAUCUGAGAACUGGGUCCUGCGCUUCAGCUCGUUAAAGCGUCUCUACCGUCUCAUGACCCAAUACUUUGCCGAUGUAUUACAAAAGCCCACUAGCAGCCUCGAUGUCCCUGACCUGCAAGCUAUUGCCAAAGACAAUAAUCUAGCGGCAACCCUCGCUAUGUGUCGCCUUACAAUCGCCAUUGGCGUACAGUGUGAAAAGAAUAAAGACUUCAUUGACAAAAUCCAAGGGUUGAGUGAGACGGAUCAGCAUCAUCUGAUGAAGGCCAUUGAACAGGUUAUGGCCAAGAUUGCAGUCGCGCCGGGAGCACACGAUCUUACCGAGGCCAAUAUGACUGAGAUUCAAUCCGAACGAAGCCAGAUAUUUUCAGAGAAAGAAACCUUAGAGAAAGUGUAUCAAACGCUUUUAGAGGAGCAUCGCGCAUUGCAAACCUCUCACGACGACGUUCUGCACGAGAAAGAGGAGGCACAGGCUCAAUUAAGGCAACUCCAGCGCGAAACCGAUACAAGGCGCAACGACAAGGCGGAUGUUAUGAUGCGGACAGAGAUAGAUAGGUUACGGGCGGAGCUACAGAAGAGUGAAGACAACCUGGCGAUGGCUGAAUCUGAAUUGGACAAGCACACAACGCUGAUCACUGACUUGACGCGCAAGGUUGAUGAACUUCAAAUUCAGGCUGACGAAGCAGAAAAACUGAAGGACAAGCUCGAUGAAUAUCGACACGCGGCUGAUAAGCUGCAAAAGACCGAGAAUGUGAUGGAAAAGUACAAAAAGAAGUUGCAAGAAGGUGCUGAUCUCCGUCAACACGUCAAGGCGCUGGAGAAGCAAAAUGCAGAUCUCGUUGACAAAAACGCGUCUCUUGAAGAAGAGUACCGUAAAGUAGCAGCCUUUAAGCCUCUUAUGGAAUCAUAUAAGACACAAAUUCUGGACCUUGAAACGAAAAAUUCCUCCCGGAGCCAAGAAAUCAAUACUUUGAAUUUCGAACUAGAGCAAAGUCGGACCAAGCUCAGGAUUGCUCUUGCAGAACGAGCGAAGGAUGCAGAGGCUUUGGAGCUUUAUCAAGAGCGUGUUCGAGAACUUGAAUUAUCUUCGUCAUCGAGAGCCAGAGGUGUCACCGGAAGUGGACUGAAAUCUCCGGGCAUUGACCAGGGCGUAGCGGAAGUGUUGUCUUCGGAGCUCAACGAACAACCAAGAUCUGCUGUUGAUGAGGAUGUAGAUGGUGACGAGUCCCAUGGGCAAGGUCUCGGCGGUGAAUUGGACGACGCCAUCACAGGAACGACUAUGACAGAUCUUAAGCUGCAGAUUCGCAAAUUGACGCGGGAGCUGGAGGCUGUCAAAAAAAAUGAGGCCGACGCUAGUAAAAUGUUGGUGUUGGAAAAUUUACUGGAAGACGCUAAUCGGAUGAAGGCACGAUAUGAAAGCGAUUAUCUUACAGCCCAUCGGGAAAAAUUGAUUCUGCAACGCGACUUAGAGGAAAUCCGGAGCGGGAAGUCUCUCGGAGAUGGGGCUAAGGCCGCCAUUGCUCUAAGACAACGUUUAAACGAAACUGUGGAUCAAUAUGAAGCUCUGAGGAAGGAGCAUGCUGAACUUGAAGUUAAAUAUGAAACCAUGGAACGUGAACUGACAAUUACCAAAUCAGAUUUGACUCUCGUCAACAAAGAUCAACUCGAUAUUCUCGCCAGUCUCAGAGAAUCUGUUAACGAGGAUAAAAUUGAGCUCGAAGCCGACCUAGAGCGCCUAAAGAAGGCGAAUAAAGAGUUGAGCGAAAAGAAUCGUAUGCAAUUAGAGCAAGUCAAUGCUCUUCUCCUCGAGAAGGUCAAUCUGCAGAACGAGGGCAUCGGGCAGCGAGAAAAGAUGUUGCAGCGUGAACGCGACUUUGGAGACCUCCGGGCAACACUGGCGGGCAAAGAUAUUCCAGAGGACGUCAAACAGAAGUUGCUAGCAAUGCAUGAGGAGAACUUGAACCUCAAGCUGGCUAACAAGGAUAUAGGCGAAAAGUUAGCCAAAGCUAGACAGGCAAGUCAUGAUAUGCUUUCACAAUUCGUGCUGGUCCCUUACCUUUUCUUAAAGUUUGUUAAGCAACAAGACAAGCGAUACAAAGAGGAUGAAGCUGCAAGGGCUGCACUUGUCUCGAAAGGGACAUUCGAAGAAGCCGAAGCCAGUUUCCGUUCUCAAAUCAAGAUUCUGGAAGACGAUCUUGCACGCCAACAACGGAUGAUGCAGGAGUCUCAAAGAAGGUAUCGGCGCGAACAAGAGUUGAUGUUGAGCGCUAUACAUACCAUGGGAAUGAAGACGGCUCGCAGUCAUCUACAGAAUAGAACGCAAACUGACAAAACCAGCUUUUUAAGUCUGGAGCGAAAUAAGAAUCCAUACGGUAUACAGUCAACAUUACGGGGACGCGCCUUUUAG